CGCUGGCUCUCGGGCCGCGGGCGGCCGGACACGCGUCAGCGGCGGCCGGCGGGCAGGGAAGGUGCUUCCGGGCGCGGGAGGUCACAAGCGUGAAGCAGCGGCGCCGCUGCCCGUUGCUGUGGCGGUGCUAGAGGAGGAGCGAAGAGGGCGGCGGGGCGAGUCCGUGUGGGCGCGACGGAGGAAGGCAGCGGGCGGCUCCGCCAUGUCCUACUGCAGGCAAGAAGGAAAAGACAGAAUUAUAUUUGCGACCAAGGAGGACCAUGAGACACCAAGCAGUGCUGAGCUGGUUGCAGAUGACCCGGAUGACCCUUAUGAAGAACAAGGAUUGAUAUUGCCCAAUGGAGAUAUCAAUUGGAAUUGCCCAUGUCUGGGUGGAAUGGCUAGUGGUCCCUGUGGGGAACAGUUCAAGUCAGCCUUUUCUUGUUUCCACUAUAGCACAGAAGAAAUAAAGGGAUCAGACUGUGUGGACCAAUUCCGUGCCAUGCAGGAAUGCAUGCAAAAAUACCCAGAUCUUUACCCUCAAGAAGAUGAAAAUGAAGAAAAAGAGAAGUCAAGCAAAGAUUUGGAAGCUACUUCUAUGGAGGCUUCUGCUGCCAAAGAGGAGAAGGGAUCUAGCUAAUGAAGAUGCAAGGAGGCUGUUGUCUCCAUUUCUCAUUUUUAGAGACAUGGACUUUUGCAGUAUGUCUGAGUUGUCAAGAAAUGUUUCACCGUUGUUCUAUACACUGUAUUGUAGUAAAUAAUUUAAUUGCUGAAGGACAAAUCUCAGUGCUACAACCUUGCAAAUAAAUACUGCAAAAAGAAUGAGUAUAUGUAUGUACUGUGUAGCCUGCUAUCAGACACAGUUUAGUACUUUAACAGCUGUUCUUCAUCCUCAAGUUCUCCUUGAGUUUUGACUUGAAUAGUGUCUUUUAAAUAUAUAGCUUUCCACUAAAAUUCCACUAGCACACCAUGUCUGUCUUCAUUUCAGUGUGUUCCGAUCAAUAGCUGCUCUUUUUUUUUAAUGUAUUCUGUUCUAGUAAUAGAAAUUGCAUUAAAUGAUUGUUUUUCUUUAAAGUUUUUUGUUUUUUUUUUUUUUUUUUUUUUUUUGCCAGAGUGAUACAGGACAUUGAAAAUGGCCUAAAUCUAGAAUUUAUAAAAUAAUUUCAAAUGGUUUUACUGGAUUAUGAUUGCAUUUUACUACUGGCAGCAGGUAAGGAUGACCAGAAGAAUGUUGAAAUGUGUAUCUCCUUUGAUUUCAUUGACUUGUGAUGGCUUUUGCAUUUUCAAAAACGGUGUGUUGUGCAACAAUUGAUAAAGGUGAAUGGAAAGAUUGUUUGUCACUGGCUUUAGUUUUGAUCUGAAACCAGCUUUUGGGUUCCUUUAGUUAGUACCUGCUCCGUCAGUGUGUAGACAGGCUCUUGUAAAAUAGUUUGAGAAUGCAAUGAAAAUGUUACCUGGUGUAAUGAUCACAAAACAGAUACUGUGACUUAAGUGCAUAUUAAAAAGCAAAUACUUUUUACCUUCAUUGAAA